GUCAAGCACAUUUUUACUACGAAUGGCUUUCGAUGUGAACUCGGAGCAUAGGUUCCAAAAGUCAGAAACACUAAUCACUUUAAGGGCGCGAUUUUCUUGCGCGUGCAACAUUUGCGUCACAGAGAUUUAUCUUUAUGACGUUCUCAGAGCGAACGAAAAAAAACGCGUGCUAGCAGACACGAAGUGAUUUGAAAAUAUUGCGUGUAAGGUUCAAUGUACGAAAACGGUAUGGGUCCGGUUGCACAAGAAACUGAAGAAACUUCCGCGAGCGAUUCGAUAUUGUUCAACAGUGAUUCAUUAUGUUCCUCGCUGGGCCUGUCACAAGAUUUGGCUGUGAAUGAAAACGGACUCAAUGAGAACCUGAACAUGGAAUAUCCCGAGGAGUCGGUCUUUUCAGCUUCAGACACAGAAGCUGACUCUGCGAUCUCGUUGGUUAAAUGCUUGAACAGUGCUUCGCCAUCUUCUUCGCUUGUUUGUCGUCGCAACGAUAAUUCUGCCAUUAUGAGGCUAAACAACGAAUUGCUGAAAGCCAAAAAGAGCAACUGGGAGGUGUUGGACGCUUUGGCAAAAGCUUAUCGAGAUAUUAAAGAUCUGCGUUUGCGAGAACAGCGGGUGAAUGUUAUUCUGUCGAGUUGUGACAGUAAACUCAGCUGCACGAACGGCUUGAAUGAAAGCCUUUUGUUACCAGACAGCAAAAUUAUAGAGCUGCAGCUUGCUUUGAGGAGAGAGGAGUCUGUAAAAACGCGAGAGGACUUCCGUGCUCUUAUGAAAGAGCGAGAUAAGCUGAAGGAAUUGCUAGCUGAGAGUGAAAAUGAACGGCGUUUGGUUUCGUUUACAAGUGAUCAUCGCGAAAGAGAGUUGGAGCUUGCUCAGAGCCGCAUAAGAGAUUUAACAGCCAAUAUCAAAGAGAAAGAUGCAAAAAUAUCAUCCGCUCAAGACAAGUUGGCUGCCUUUGAGAAAGAUAUGAAACAGAAGAACGAAGAACUUGGCAAAAUUCUAGACGAGAAAUAUUCAUUUAGGGAUGCUGUAGUCCGGAGUGAACAAGAGGUGGAAGCUCUGACCGAAAAACUUCAAAACCUCUUGCUUUACAAGGAGGAAAAUGUCAAGAAUUCUAAUUACACGGGUCACUCACUUGGAAUUCAAACUGAUAAUUCGCGCCAUCUAAGCGAAGGGCAAGUUAUCGUGGAGGACGAAAGACUUCAGGAUGAGCUACGCGUCCUGGAGGCAAGACAUAACGAGGACAUGAGGGUCAUCAACGAUUUGCGUGCACAACUUAAAGAAUGGGAAAGGUUUGUAAAAACUUUUAAUUUUAUUUUUCUCUCGUAGAAAUAUUACAUAUCAUCUUUCUCUAGUAAAAAUAUCCAAUAUCAUUUUAAUCUACUAUAUUCAGACUAUCAGCUACACUGACGUUGUUGAGUUACUUUGUAAUUGUUAUGGAAUAUUGAAAAAGAAUAUAUUGGCCCGAACGAGGUAUUAAUAGUUGUUUGUGGUGCAAAAGAUUCAGUUGGUUCUCAAAAAACACUCAACAACCUUUUUGUUACCUAAAGAUAAAGUCCGAGCAAAACGCGAUAUUAUUGUUGAUUUAGUUGCUCCCAGCUGCCAAUUGAAUUGAAUUAAAAUUACGGUUUGGACACCUGCCCAAAAAUGUCUUAGAACAGUCGAACGCCGUCUUUCGUUUACUUUUAACACAAGGUGAUUGGAUUCAUUCGCUUCCAGAAUGCAAGUAAAUCUGAGAUGAGAUUACAGUUCUCAGGAGAUUUUGAUACAAAAUAUUUUCUCUACUUUAGAAGUAUCAUUUAUAAAGAGGGGUCAUUGGUCCUUUUGUGAUAAGAAUUUUAGGAAAAAUGUCAAACGGAUUCAUUUUAUUACACAAAGCGAAAUGAAAUUCAUCAGACUUACCUUCAUAAAAGUUUAUUUUAAGAUGGAAAAAUUAUAUUAGGUCUUUUAGAUGAAACCUGAAAUAGCUUAGACAAGUUUUUUUUUGCUUUUACUGGUUUGCAACCAGAUCGGCUCGAGUAAAAUAAGAGGGAGAUGAAAUUUACCUGAUAUCGCGGAACUAAUCGGUUUUAAUUAUUAUUUUGCAACCCGUUUUUUCUAAGUGGAAUAAACAAUAAAACAAAGUAAAUCCGGCGGCGAAGUAAUUUUUAAACGUAGAAACAUCUGCUGAUGUAGCUUUCAAUUCCAAUUAACAUUGCUUGCUCUUUUUUUUUUCUUGUUGAACUGAAAGAAGAAAAAUGUAAGGAGAAAACCGUACCACUUCAAACGUUGAAGGAUAAAACGUCUGUUAAAAAUAUGCUCAGAUUUGUUUUUUUUAACCCCGUACUUGUAUCAUCAGUAGGACUAUCAAGACGACUUUGUUUAACAAUCAAGGGCUUCUUUAAUUUGCGAUCAUUUCCUUUGGUCUCACGACCCCAAUGUUCGAUUCAGAAGUGAUGCUGUGAGGAUAAAUUAGAUGCUUGACACUCUUGGGGGUUUAAGGGUUAAUUUGAGGAGGAAAAUGUUUGUAUUAACUGUCCUUUUCAUCAGACCGCGAUUAGAUUAAUACUUGGUAAGUACAGACUUCUAUCGUUUACUGUUGCUUAGGUAGUCAGAGUAAGUAUCAUUUUAUCAUCUUUGUACUAAAGCAAUUUUACACUGAGUGUUGAUUGGAAUGCGGUCGGCCGAUUCUUUUCUCCAAGUUGUCGAUAGUUUUUGUGUUAUUUUACGCUGUACUGAUAGGCCAGGUGGAUUUCCUUGGUUUUGGUUUUUGGGGCUGGUUUACACGUUCGGUUUACACGUACAGAAGCACAUAAACGCAUGUAAGACAAACAGUCUUAGUAAAGUUACUAUUGCUGCUGACUUUGGUAAGAUUGUUUUGUAUCCUAACCAAAGGCCCCGCUUGACUGUUCUUGAUGCCAUAUACGUAAGGCUGGCGACACUCGAGGCGAUUUUUACAUGCAGAUCGCGGCGAUCGGUUGUGUAAACUCUCACAGCGCCUAUCUCCACUUAGAAAUGUGAAUGGCCUAAAGCUAAUAGUUAACUUGCGAUAGACUUCUCAGCAGAGUGAAAUCAAAACUCUAAGUCAUUUCAUGCUCAUGAAGCCGCGCUGGGCGUCAUCAGUAGUGGGUUAACAGGGCUGAGAGGCUAAACGUAUCUCGUGGCCACCUUUGUUCUAGGUUUUUUUCCUUUCUUCUUUUACAGGAUUGUCGCUGCCAUGAAUAAACAUGUGGAGGAUACGAACCAGCAGCAGUUGAAAGCUCGGAACGAAAUUGCUGAAUAUGUAAGGAUGCUUGAGAAACAAUUGAGGGAAUUGAAGAAGAACAAUAGAUCAAUCGCUAACAGACAGAGCGAUUCUACGCGAGAUAAGGAGAAGUGGUGUACUGAAGCCACUACACAGAGUGAGCCAGCAAAACUUGAGGAGUUAGAAGAUUGGCAGCAUACUAGUCAAGAAUUAGAGCUAAACCAAUCGGCUGAUGUGAAUUUCAUAGAUUAUCUAAAAUGUUCCCAGUCGUCUGAAGUUGAUGGCGAGAAGGAUUUGAAAGACUCUCUGCGGGACAGCGAGAUAAUUGCUGUUGAUUUAGACAACGUUUUCGCUUCCGAAGAGGAAAGUUUCGACUUUCGUCUUCAAUCUUCGACCGGACUUGUCGUUCAGCCUGACGAUGUGCGAAUGGCUAGAGUAGCAUUCGCAGAAACCUUUGUUGCCCACGUUCCAGAGGUAAGAACUGUUACCAAUGUCUCUGAUGCUAGUGCAACCAAUGUAAGGGAUUCUUAUGUCUCCGUCCAACGCCCAGCUCGGAAAACGGGCUCAGGAAAAAGGAGAAAGCUGCCACAGGCUACCAGGAAAACAAGUGUCUCAAGCACAAACAGCGAAAUAUCACAGUCUGACGAAACACUAUCAAUAACGUCAUCUGAAUCACAUAUAUCGCGUGAUGCAACAAAUAUGCGUAGGGUGUCCCGCGGAGGGUCAGGUCGGCGACUACCCACUGUCCCCGUUGGAAUCGUAGAAAUCGAUGUAGGUCCCAUGAAAGUGGAUGUUUCUGCGGAUAAUUCCGCGGUUAGACAGCCCCCGGCAGUGGCGUCAAUAUAUCAGAAAGGUUUAACUGUUCCUAGUAGUCUUCGGCAAGAUUCUGGAUUUGGUGAAAGUUUGAGAAUUUCUCCUGUACCCACAAGCAAGGAUCACGUGUUCGGUUUUAACAAGCUGAGGAGAAAGUUUAACAAAGAAAAGAGAGGUCCAGGUAGGAUACGUCUUCUUUACAUCAGCAUCGUUUUCUGAAACAAAGAUAGAGCUGUAUUAUCUCGAUCUGAGUUAAAUAUGUCAGGUUUUUUCUGUCAGUCAGAGUCUGUCUGUCAUCUUACGUAUAUCGUAGUUUUUUGUGAAAUUUGAGAAGCGAAGAGCUUCCAAACCCGCCCAACUUCUCGCGGCUUCGCUGUUCGUUUUCACUGCUCCCUCGCCUGGCGAAUUGGAAGUAUUUAGAGAAUUUUUCCUCCUAAGUUCUUCGGUGACUUUAAUACGCCUUUAAAAUUGUAAUUAGUAAUCACUGAAAUAGAGAACUCAUCUUGACUAAAACUCCAUUAGGAAAUACUCUUUUUUAUUAGGCACUGGGCUCUAUAGUUGUCAAUAGAACAGCAUCUCAAUUGACCGUUCCCCCUAACGAGUUGUUACAGUAAACAACUUUAUUGUAACAAAGGAUCCAUGGACUCUUGAAGAUGGAGGACGAAGCUAACUUUAUAAAUGUGUUGUGUUUAACCAGGAUCACCAAAAGUCGAUGAUACUCGAGACUCCAAAAAGGAGCGUUUAAGGCGGAAGCUCUGCUUGGGAGGAACAAGUAGACGUAGAAAUUCAGUUGGCACUGUGAGCAGCGUCUCCGAUAGUUUCAAAUCGGUGACUCCUUUGAAUAGUGACGCAGAGGAUGAGGGCAGAUCAGUAAAUGAAUCUUUUGAUUGGGAAAAUUUGUCGCCCUCCAUUAAGACUUCGACACCAAGGAAAGGAAUCGAGCAAAGGAUCAAAGGUAAAGUUGUAUAAAUAAACAUUCACCACAACAAGUUAACAAGCAGAGAGGUGUUUUUGUAGAGUAUCUGGUAUUUAGUAUGAGUUUACAAUCCCAGCCCAGUGUUCUGUUGUUCCUUUCUCGUUAUGCUUGAUGUUGCGUAGUCUUUCUAACCUUUUUACUCCCAGGGUCUCAUUAUUAAAUCUCCUUACGGUUUGUCACACAAUUCUUAUGAGGUUACUUUGGAGACUUUGGCAUUGGAUCAACUAAUAAUCUCAUUGUUGACAUUUCUCUUUAUUCUUAUCACUUGUCUGCUUGAUGUUGUACUGAUAUUGUAAGGAGACAUUCUUUCUUGAUCGCUCAAGGGGGUUAAAGGGUUAAUGCACAUUUUGGUUGUGAUUGUUUGGCCUGCAUGCUGUCUGCGAUAGCAAAAAGGAGUGCACAAAAAAAAGAAAAAAAAAGAAAGAAACAGUUUAUAAAGUGACUGGGUGCUCCGACUUCACGAUUUGCAUCACAUCCUCCUCAUAUGCUUUUUGUUUUUUCAUGGUAGAAACCGUACAUUUUGGUUAGAAUUGUGCUUUAUUUCACCUUAGUCAGGUUUUUUGAUGUAGAUCUAUCUUUAUUAGGAUAGAUAACAUUUGUUAUGUAGGCUUACCUGAAAAUUAUGAGGUGAAUCUACAUCAUUGAAGUGCUUUUAUUUAUUGACAGUCAAUCGAUCAUACCACCAGAUUUGGCCUUUCAAAAAUAUGGCGUUGAUAUCAGCAAUUGCAGCAUGGGUGGUGAACAAUGUCCCACCUUGAUCUAUUGCGUUAUCGAGAAUCUAUAGCGAGAGCUAUAGAAAGUAAGACGAGAUUUUUAAUUGGAUUAACCAUCUGUACUACAAUUUAUUUUUAUUUCAUAAAACUCGCUUUAACUACUGAACCAAACAGGUGCAAAGGUAACGCCAAUCAUGAAUCGAUUACUCAUGUUUCCCCGCGCUAGUGGCCGCUUUUUCGCUAAUUAACCUUUUCACCUCCAAGAUUUCAACAUUCAUCGUCCUCUCUGUCCUCUUUACAUUACAUAAUUUCUACCAAUAAGCGGCUUUUACUUCAAAUUAAACCAAGUGCUACUUUUUUCUGAAAGGUGGCUUUCCUCAGCGGUCCAAGCAAAUCACAGGCCAGCGUAAGAGAUCCGCCUUGCUACUUGUAUUUCGGCAUCUAAAUCCCGUUGAGCUCUGUGGCCUAGCACGAGUGUGCCGUGAAUGGCGCGCACUAAGUGAGCAUCCUUCGCUUUGGAAACACGUUACUUUACACGAGAUACCGCUGAAUAAUAUGGUGAGUGCUCCGCAGGCGUUUGUAAGUUUUGAGAAAAUUUAACUCCAGUGUAAUUUCUGUCAAGGAAACGUCUGCUUUGUACAAAAUGGGAAAAAGGUUGAUGUUGUUGUUUUUUUUGCAGGCUCUUCAGGUAAUAUCUAGGAGAUGUAGCUCCACGCAAUCCCUAAGGCUCAAAGGUCUGUAUAAAAAUCGCGUUAAAAAGGGCUAAUGGUAGAUGCUUUUGUCCUUGCAUAGCCAACCCACACGCUAUUGUUUAUUUUCAAAUUGACUCUGACAGCUUUAAAAUAAUUAUUGCUGUUGCCAGGUUAGGCUCUCGUGUCCGGUCUGAUAAUCGAGCUUAUCGCCAGGUUAUUGUAUUUUGAAGAUCAGACAAUCAUCAACACUCUUUUGUUUCUUCGUGCUGUAGUUAAGUACAAGAACAAAUGGUUACCACAGGUCAAGAAAUGGUCAGGGCAAAAACUUUAAUGAGUUCAGCGAAAGUCAGGGAGUUUCAUGUAGGGGACGGAAAAGUUGCGUCUCUGAAAGAAGUCGGGAACAAAGUAAAAUGUUCAGUAAAUGUGAACGAAAUAUGUAGAUGUAACUCGUGUAUAUUGUUUUGUACAUGCAAUAUAUUCUUGAUGAGUUUGUGGUUUUUCCAUGUAAUGCAAGCUCAAGUUGCUUAGGGUCUUAAAUCAUACUUUCUUCUUACUUCUGUUUUCUAACAUUUGAAAUGCUCUGGUACAUCUCGUGGACUUGAAACGUGGUGGAUCGUUACAAUAUUACUCCAUGAGAUUGAACAACAACAAGCUGACGUUGGGUUUCCAAGAAUAUCAAUCCUUUUCCGCGUCUCAUAAGGGAACUAUCAAUUGGUGCACUCUUUAUGACUCGCUGAAACCAUAAAUGAAUGAGUGGAGGGAAUGGCUGAGAGGGGAAUGAGUGGAGGGAAUGGCUGAGAGGGGAAUGAGUGGAGGGAAUGGCUGAGAGGGGAGGUUUUAGGCCAUAACCAGUACUAAUAUGUGGAAUUGUUGAUUUUGGCAACCACUUACCUUGAGUUUAGCCAUUUUUUAUUUUAAUGCUAAUUAAACUGAGUGGAGUGCAGUUUAGUCUGAAAUCAUACGCGUGAUUUUAAAACCGAACGAGCGCGCAGACCAAAAUUGUACGACACGAAGUUCAAUUAACUUUUUACUACAUCCAUUUAGAAAUCGCAAAAUUCAGCCACUCAAAUACAGAAUUUCUUUCCUAUAGAGCUGUUUUGUGAAAAGUUGCAUAAUUUAUCUUAAAUUUUCCUGCAAUUGAUUGGUUUCUUCUAAAAAAUCUUGAAAUCUGAUUGGUUGUUGUGUUUUAGUAAAGCCGCUCAAUUGGCUGGGAAAUAAAUCGCACUGAUGAGAGCCAAUCAGACUACAGGGAUCACCAGUGAUUUUUAAAUGGCUGUAAUUGACUAAGAAACUAACGUCUAGUCGUUGAUAAUUAGGCAGAAUUUUUGCCAUUCAUUCAAGUCCUUUUAUUUAAUCGUUCAAACGAUUUUUUAAGUGAGGACGUGUUGUGAACUUCUAGGGCUGAGGAAAGUAAGAUCAAAAGACAAAUGCAAUUCUUCAAAGACAUCAGAGGAUUUGCGGUGAGGCCUUUAAGAAACGUUCUUUAACAAUCAUUCCGUUAGCUUAUUCUUUCUGUCAUCCAUUUCAUUAAUUCCAUUCAAACCUUUACCUUUACCUUUAUCCCAUUACAACUCCUAUCAAGAAAUAUGAGGUUACAUUGUACGUCUUACAAAGCGUAGAAAAAAGUGACAGCGGGGAUAUUCUGCACAUAGUUGUUUGAGUGAGGAGAAAAGAGUCAUUUUUCUCAUGUUCAUGAAAAUCAUCCUGAAUUCUGUAAAAAGAGCGAUAAAUGCGUGGACUUUUUAUUCUGGAACGGAUAACAUCAGGCAAUGGUAAUGCGUGGACACAGCAUGAUAAUGUUUUUACCAUCGAUUGUGUGAUUUUUGUGCCAACGUUGUUUAUUCGCCCCAUUUGCGUUGAUUUAGCUUAUUUCUUCAAAUUUUUACUAAAAUUCCACAUGCUCAAUUUUUUAGGUGUUAUCUAGAGAGGGGGAUGGAGUAUAUUUUGAAGGCUGCUGGUUCAAGCUUGUUGAGCCUGCACGUCGAAGACUGCGGCCCAUUGAUAUCAGACAGGUACUCGCGCAGAAUACGUUUGACCGUAACGAAGUAGGAACGUGGAAGCUUUGCUAAGUAUGUUCUGAUGUUAAGAUUAGAUAUCAGUGAACUAAGUAGAACAUUACUGCGAAGUACAGGUACUAAACAGAGAAAAACAGUGAGAGAUAUCCAAAUUAAAGUGGCACGCCGCGCUAAGGAUUCAGGUUUCGUUGGACCUGUCAGAGCCCGACUUCUGUUAAAUGCUGAAUUUGUUAUGAAGAAAACUAGCACAAACAAACAAAUAACAGUAUUCGCUGUUUGCUUUGAUUUUAUUUUAGGUGUUUAGCUUUGGCAGGCUCUCACUGUAAAGAGCUACAAGCAUUUAUAUACAUUAGUGAUUCAUAUCCCGCUUGUCCUGAGGCACUGUGGGCUUUAUGGGCGUGUAGACAGCUUGUCACUCUCAUAGUACCACCGAUGUUUCCGUGGUAAGUCUGUCGUGAAUAUCUCAUGUUUUGUCUGGCUACUCCAGGUGAUUAUGUAACAGGAUACCUGUCCAACACGAACUACUUUUUCCUCUAGUGACCAUCCUGGACGAUUCAAUGACAAGAGCGUGGAAACGAUAGCAAACUGCUGGCCAAAUAUGCGCCAUUUGUCGGUAGGCGGACCCAGUCUCUCGUCUGCGGGACUUACUUAUAUUGGUAAACACAAUAAACUUAGUUCAUUCUGAACACUUUUUGUGAUGAAUUCGUCCAGCGAAUGAUAUGAUGUGAGGAAUAAAAAUCCUACCUCUCUGUGUCAUCUAUUAGCCAAAGGUUGCCUGAGGCUCCAAGAGCUGGAACUUGAUCGGACAAUAGCAAUCGACGAAGAAAUUGCCCACGCCAUGUGUCUCUGUGGACUACGAGGCCUGGAGACUAUAUCCUUUACAUUUACCCCAGUCUCUCCCGGAGCCAUUAAGGAAUUACUCGGUAACACUAGUUGAAUAUUUAUCUGAUUUUUUUUCGUUAUUUUGCUAAAACGCCUGAUUUUGUAAACUCAGAAAUCGCACAAUUCUCUUCCUAAAAAUGGUGUGAUUUCUGUUAGGUGCUUGCCCAAGGUUAGAGCGCAUCGAAGUGCACAUUGGGAUAUCAGAUUACUUUAUAGACGUGGACGAUGACGCCACCAAAAGAAAAUACUCUCGCAUUGUUAAGAAACUUGAGGUAGUUAUAUUUCGUUUGAUUUUAGAGUAAUUGAUAAAUCCGCCGUAGUUCGAGGUGAAAAGCAAAGUUAUUUUUAAUAAUGCUAAAAACUUGCCUGAUAUUUCCUUGGAGCUGAACUGGGUUACCUAUGUGAUAAAAACGGAGCCCCAGUGGUGCGGGGAAAUUAGCGGUCGAGGUCUAAGUCGUUGAAACGAGUUUGUCCUUGAAAAGUCCAUGUUACACCAUUUUUAAUUUCAUCAUCUUCGAGCCAAUGCUUUCGUAAUAUUAUAGACAGUAGUACACUCUAGCUGGUUUUUGUUCUUGUUGUUGUUGUUGUUUUUUUUCCCCUUUUUUGAGUGAUAAUCUAGUAUAAUUACUCACUGUGAUAAUUAGUUAAAAGCCCUUGCAUCUAUGGGUCUUCUUUGGUAUAACUUCAUUCAUCUUGGCCACAAGCAACCGAAAGAGCAUGCCACAUUAGUUCUGGCACAACAGCUACAUAUCUGAACAACUGAGUGAUUCGUAUUCAAGACUUUUUAAAACAUACAUCAUAAAUUUGAUCAGCAAAUAUCGACCGAGGCAAAGCGUGUACCAUAAUGGCUGCAUAAAUUAUGCAUCUUUCAAAGGACAUUGACGUGAAUGAAUGAGAUUUUUUUAAAAUAGGAUGACACUUGACAGCUUUGGCCGAUAUCCCUGUGUAGAAUAUUUUUGAAAGGUUAGUUCUUCGUAAAAUUAAAGCUUGGUUUUCUUUUCACCUUGCUUAGGCUUUAAAAGGAGAGAAUCAAGAAUUUGCCAGAGUACUUUGGAUAAAAUCUGAUUAUGGAUGAGUUUGCCU